AUGACGCGACAUUUUACAUAUACGAGUCGUCGAGACUUUAACCACUUAAAAAAUCAAACGAAUUUAGUUACGGAACAAAAUAUUCGUAGAUAUAGAACGGCGUUCAGUAGAGAACAGUUGGCAAGACUGGAAAAAGAAUUUUAUAAGGAAAAUUACGUAUCGAGACCGAGAAGAUGCGAACUUGCCUCACAAUUAAAUCUACCCGAAUCAACAAUUAAGGUAUGGUUUCAAAAUCGAAGAAUGAAAGAUAAACGACAGAGAAUGGCAGUUACUUGGCCCUAUGCCGUUUAUACUGAUCCAGUUUUUGCUGCGAGUAUUCUUCAAGCGGCUGCUAAUGCCGGAGGUUUGCCAGGUAUAGCAUCAGCAUUAGCAGCUGCUUAUUCUCAUCCGUAUGGAUAUUAUGGAAAUCCCGUAUCUCAAAGAAUGUCACCGUAUCCAUCAUCAGUGCUCCCGCAACCAUCAUUACACGGUCAUCAUUUCACAAAUUCCGUUUUGGGAACUCAUUUAAAUAAUUCAACAUCAUCAUCAUCAUCAACAUCAUCGGGAAUUUUAAAUGGAAGAUCAUCAACGUCGACAACUCCUCCAGGAAGUACACCAAUGACGAGACCAUUUCCGAUAUUUGUUCCUGGUUCUAAUCACGCGUCCACAGAUAUUUCUCCACAUUCUCCGCCGACAUCUUCCGGUGGAAAUUACAUGAGUUUAACAUCAAAUCAAAGUCCGAGGGGUAAAAGAUCGAGUACUCCGAAUUCGGAAAACAGUGUCGGAAGCGAUAGUGAAACACCAGGAAGUUGCAGAUGUGGAAUUAUUAAUUGUGUUGCCGGAAACGAACACAGAGGAUCAUCCUUAUACGUUAACGAUCCUCCUUCUCCUGUUGGAAAAGUCGAAGGUUUAACCGGAGUUUACACACCCACGGCUACAUCGGCAGCGCCGUCGGGAACACCAUCUAUUAUAUUACCUAUAAAUAACACUAGUAACAAUUCUAACAAUAAUAAUAAUAAUAAUAACACGGCUACGGCUAUAAAUAAUAAUAAUAAUAAUUUUAACAAAAGUAAAGAUGUUACUGUUAUUAAUAAUUCUUCAACCCCUAAAUUAUUUAAACCCUAUAAAUCGGACGUAUCGGAAGCCGUUUAA